AUGGCAUCACAAGAAGAAGAUGGAGACGAAGAGUACGUGUACUCUGCAGGAGAGCUGGACGACGAAGACGAAGAGCAAGAAGACGUGGACUGGGAGAACGUCGCUGACGCGUCACCGCUGGCAGCAGACGCCGCUGUAACCACUGUACCAAGUGCUGCAGCAUCCACUCCGGACCGUGUUCCGGUACCUUCGGACGACAUUCAUCAUAGUGUACCCAGCAUCACGAAAACUGGACACAACUUGGAUCAGAUUGACUGGGACCAGGUGAAUCGCUCCCUAGCGAACGAACACGCAGCUUCUGUCACGGGCAAGAGACGCCGGCCGUCUAUUCGUCUGACAAAAGAUGAAAAGCAGCGGGAAACGGCGCUGCACCAGACGCAUCUGCUGCUAUUACUGGCUUCGCGUCUUCAAUGGACCCGCUUGAGUUGCUGGAAGUUGCUCCAAGGACUACUUCUGUCGCUGACGACCUCAAGUGAUGUGGAUUUUUUUGCUGAAGUGAAGCAGCGACCGCUCGCGUAUGCGCUGGCGUUGCUGGUUCGCUGGUUUAAUCGAGAGUUUCAAUUGACAAGUGAGACGAGCGAAGCAGUGGAGACGACGACGGAGCUCGUGACGGACGCGACGCUUUUGAACGUGUUUUUUGCCCGUAGAGGACGAGACGUGGAGCUGGCGCUGCUGUUUGCAGCGCUGUGUGGAGCCCUGCAGCUUCGGUAUCGUCUGACAAGUGCAUUGGAUCCGCUGCUUGUGCAGAGAGGAAAAGUAUUCGAGUCGUCGUUUCGACGCAGGGUGGGCAAACGACCUCGCCGUUCACGGAAGGUAGUGGAUACGCUGCUGAAAAGGAGGAGACGGCGGUCCGAUGACAUCGACGAGGAGAGUGGUGAUGAAGAAAUGGAAGCGACGAGUGUCGAGACUGUUGAUCAAGUGUUUUGGUUGUGGGUAGAGGUACUGGAUGAGAAAAGCAAAAGGUGGAUCCAUGUUGAUGCGGUGCGUCGACUUGUUGACCAGCCGCGGGACGUUGAGCCGCUGCGCGGCAAAGUGUUUCGUUUCUCGUAUGUGAUCAGUAUCCAGGAUGACGGUCUACUUGUGGAUGUGACAGCACGGUACGCUGUGCAGUGGAGCAAGAGCUUGGAACUACGUCUUGCAGAUUCAUGGUGGCAACGUGUGCUAGAACAGAUCAACGACGAAAUGGAUUACCAGCACGGCAGGACGGGAGCGACACGGUCACGAGCUCAUGUCGUGGUCGAUGCUCUUGUUGAAGAAAAGAAGGAGCUCGAGACACUAAAGCUGGCCGAAGGCAUGCCCACCAGUAUCGAAGGAUUCCGGAAGCACCAUUUGUACUGCCUCGAGCGUCAUCUGGGUCGCUUAGAGUGUCUCCACCCACGCAAAGUGGUUGGAUUAUUUAACGGCGAAUCCGUGUUUUUGCGAAAACACGUGCAGCCUGUCCAAUCUGCUUUCAAGUGGCGACGUUUUGGCCGCGUUGUAAAAGACGAGGAGCGUCAGAAACCUGCACGAUGGCAAUCUCGGGACGGUUCUCUUGCUGGUACUAACGGCAGCAGCGAUGAUACGAGCAGCAGUGUUGGAGAAGGCGGAAGUGGCAAUGCUUCGCUCGCUCUCUACGGUCUGUGGCAAACAACCGAGUUCGAGCCUCCGCCGUUGGUAAAUGGCCGCGUUCCGAAGACCAAGUACGGCAACAUUGAGAUCUGGAGUCCAGCCCAUGUUCCUCGUGGUGCUGUGCACCUCGAAUUGCCACGAAUCGACGCAAUCGCCGAGUCAUUAGGCGUCGAUUUUGCUCCUGCUGUUGUGGGCUUUGAGGUGCGCAAUGGCUGGACCGUGCCAAAAUUGGCCGGUAUCGUAGUCGCACGAAGUCAUGAAGCGAUGCUAUUGGAUGCUCACGCUGAGAAACAGCAGCAGACGAUCGAGAAAGCGAUCGCUUAUAACCGGACACUCGUGCUUCGACGCUGGGCGAAACUCACAAAGCGGCUGCUGUUACGACAGCGACUUGAAGACGAUUAUGGUGUGGUCGAGCAUUGA